AUGACCAAUUACAGCGCACACGACAACGCAAAACUGGUAUCUGGUGGUGGUGACAAGAGUGUAUUCUAUUGGGAUGUCGCUACUGGUCAAACGAUACGGCGCAUUCCGGGGCACGCAGCCAGAAUCAAUGCUGUUUCGUUCAACGAGGACGCUUCUGUAGUUGCGAGUGGAUCCUUUGAUGCCACAGUCAAAAUUUGGGAUCUAAAGGCUCAAGCAAGGUCUCCCAUACAAUCACUUGAAGAGUCGCGGGAUGCGAUUCAAACACUCUAUGUCGGACCGCAGGAAAUCAUCACUGGGUCUGUUGAUGGGCACGUCCGAACGUAUGAUCUGAGAAAAGGCCAGCUAACAAGCGAUUACAUGGGCCACCCAAUCACGAGCAUUGUUCCCACCAAAGAUCAACAAACAUUGCUCGUAACAACAUUGGAUGCCAAGAUACGGCUCCUAGAUCGCAAAACAGGUCAAGUUCUUAACACUUUCUCUGGCCACAAACACGACUCAUAUCGCUGCCGUGCCGUUUUCGACGUUAAGGAGGAGUGUGUAAUAUUUGGCGAUGAGGAAGGGCGCAUUUGGGCAUGGGAUCUCGUAACGGCAGCGCCCCUUCCUCCGGAUCCGGAGCGUGUCCACGAAAAGGCGAUACUGUGGACGGAAUAUCAUCCAUUGAACGAUGCACUCUUGACUGCUAGCUCCGAUGGGAUGAUAUCUUUAUGGGAAAUGUAA